GAUGGGAGCAAAUGAGGAUAUCCAAAUGCCGCCUCUUCCCAGCCUCUCGUCCGCCGUCUCAGCCCUCGCUAUCUCCGCGCCAAGCCGCCUCGGAGUCCACAAGCCGACCUAUGCAUCCUCUCAGGUUUCCCAGGACGCCUCGCCGUCCAACCAGACCUCUCCAACCGGCGUAAAGAAAACCGGCGUCAUUGUGAUCGGCGGCGGACUGGCUGGCUUAGCUGCCGCAACUUGCCUCCGAGCUGAGAACGUCCCUUUCGUCCUGCUUGAAGCCUCCGACGCCGUUGGCGGCCGCGUCCGCUCCGAAGCCGUCGACGGUUUCAUCCUCGAUCGCGGGUUCCAGAUCUUCAUCACGGCUUAUCCCGAGGCCAGAAGGCUUCUGAACUACGACGCAUUAGACCUUCGGAAGUUCUACUCGGGAGCUCGGAUUUACUACGGCGGUCGCUUCCACACCGUCGCGGACCCUCUCCGCCAUUUACCCGACGCCUUAUCGUCCCUGGCGAACCCUAUCGGCUCCGUUGUGGAUAAAAUUCUAAUUGGAUUGACCAGACUUAGGGUUUCGGCACUGCAAGACGAUGAGAUUUUGACGGCCGACGAGGUUUCUACGUAUGAGCUCCUCAAACGCAUCGGCUUUUCAGAUUCGAUGGUGGAUCGGUUUUUCCGGCCAUUUUUCGGCGGAAUUUUCUUCUACAGAGAGCUCGAAACCACAUCGCGGCUCUUCAAUUUCAUCUUCAAGUGCCUCUCCCUCGGGGACAACACACUUCCGGCCAAAGGCAUUGCCGCAAUUCCUGAACAAUUGGCGGCAAACUUGCCAAAAUGCUCUAUACGGCUGAAAUCAAGAGUCGCUUCUAUACAUCCCGAAUCCGAUUCAAUUCCAGCGAUGCGCGUGAAGCUUGAAAAUGGAGAAAUGCUUAAGGGCGAGCUUGGAGUGAUUCUGGCAGUUGAAGAAUCAGAGGCAGGCAAGCUUCUGGCAGGCAAAUUGGCCGGAGAAGAAGCAUUUCAACCAAGGAAACCAGUCAGGAGCACUGUAUGUCUAUAUUUCUCUGCAGACCAUGAGAGAAUCCCGGUUAAGGACCCGGUUCUGUUUCUAAACGGGUCGGGAAGAGGCAUCGUGAACAACAUGUUCUUCGCGAAUAACGUGGCUACAUCUUAUGCCCCUCAGGGGAAAGCUCUUGUCUCGGUGUCGCUCAUUGGGUCUUUUGAAGACUUGGACGAUGAGGAAGUGGUGAGUCUUGUUUUGGAGGAGCUCUCGGGGUGGUUCGGAGAGGCAGUGGUUGGGGCAUGGAGGUAUUUGAGAAUGUACCGGGUCAGGUUCGCCCAACCCAACCAAACCCCCCCGACGAAUUUGCAGAGGAACCCAAGGGUAAGAUCAGGCCUGUACUUGUGUGGUGAUUUUGUGACUAGUGCUACCUUUGAUGGUGCUUUGGCCUCUGGAAGGAAAGCUGUGGAAGCUUUGUUGAAUGAAAGAUAGGUCUUUGUUUCAUUCAAGUAUAGUGUUGAUUCAUACUGCAUUAGUAGGAAUGACCUUCUGAGGUUUGAAUUUCCUUCUAUUGUACCUCUUCGUUUGUGUUCAAGAUUCUUAUUUUUUCUAACAUUGCAUAAUGUGCUGGAUCAUAUUUUUAUUAGAUUGAAUUACAUUUAUAGAAACAAUUCUUUAUUUGUCAAAUAGGGAAGGGGAAACCCCAUACUAAAUCAUCU